UAUAUGCUUCCACUAGGUGAAAUUAUUCAUAAACAUGGCAUAAACUUUCACUGCUAUGCAGAUGACACACAGCUGUAUAUAUCAGCCAAACCAAAUGAUACUGACACAAUCAGUAAGAUAGAAGAUUGUGUAAACGACAUAAAAAACUGGAUGUCGAGUAAUUUUCUUUUACUUAAUUCAGAUAAAACAGAGGUUUUACUUGUUGGCUCUAAAGCUGCAAGAGACAAGUUGUCUAACCUGGUGCUAAACUUAAACACGUUCUCUGUUACUCCCAGCCCAGAUGUAAAAAACUUAGGUGUCACAAUAGAUUCAGAUCUCUCAUUUGAUACACACGUUAAUAAUAUUACUAGAGUUGCUUUCUAUCAUUUGCGUAACAUUUCUAAAAUAAGAAAUAUACUAUCUGUUAAUGACGCCGAAAAACUGAUCCAUGCGUUUAUAACUUCUCGGUUAGAUUAUUGUAAUGCUCUUCUAACUGGAUGCUCUGGUAGAUCCUUAAACAAACUCCAGUUAGUUCAAAAUGCAGCAGCUCGAGUGCUAACUAGAACUAAAAAAUUUGACCAUAUUACUCCUGUUCUAUCGUCUCUACACUGGCUGCCAGUUAAAUUUCGCAUUGAUUACAAAAUACUUUUACUAACUUAUAAAGCGCUACAUGGUCUGGCUCCACAGUAUCUGAGUGAACUUAUUAAUCACUACAGCCCAGCGCGUCCACUUCGUUCACAAGAUGCAGGGUUACUUAUAGUUCCUAAAAUUAAAAAGAUCACGGCUGGUGGAAGAGCAUUUUCUUACAAAGCUCCACAACUCUGGAAUAAUCUUCCUGCCUCUAUUCGGGAUUCGGACACAGUCUCAAUGUUUAAGUCUAGACUGAAAACAUAUUUAUUUUCUCAGGCUUUUGAUUAGUAUAGACAAAGGCGCAGAGCUUGGGGGUUCUUGGUCAUAGAAACUUGUGGUGAUCAGGGAUGUUGGGUUGCUGUCGUUCUGCCUCUCUUGUCCGAUCACUCAGGUUUGGUGACGGUGGGGAGAUGGGCGCUGAUGUCCUGUGAAAGCCUUCAUGACCUAGUUACCUGCUCGCUCUCCCUUUUAGUUAUGCUGUAAUAAUUAGGGCUGCCGGAGUCUAAAACUCUCUGUAAAACUGUUUGUCAACUAGCAUUGUGCAUUAUUAACUACAUUCUCUGUUGUUUUACCCCGAGGGCAUUCUGAUGGAAAUCUGUUUACCCGCCGAGCUUAAGGAUUGAAGUCGAGACUGCCGGGACAAC